AUGGCAACAAACAGAAGCGGUGCGGCUCAGAGGCCGAACGGCGCGCCACAGACCAAGGUCUGCCAGUUCAAACUGGUGUUACUUGGGGAGUCGGCCGUGGGCAAGUCUUCACUUGUGCUCCGUUUCGUGAAGGGCCAGUUCCAUGAAUACCAGGAGAGCACCAUCGGGGCCGCGUUUCUUACUCAGACGCUCUGCCUCGAUGAUACGACCGUCAAGUUCGAAAUUUGGGACACGGCGGGGCAGGAGAGGUAUCACAGCCUUGCGCCCAUGUACUACAGAGGAGCGCAAGCGGCGAUCGUAGUAUACGACAUCACCAAUCAGGACACAUUCGGUCGUGCCAAGAACUGGGUUAAGGAGCUACAGCGGCAGGCGUCUCCGUCCAUCGUGAUCGCGCUGGCGGGCAACAAGAGUGACCUUGCGGCCAAGCGCAUGGUGGAGUUUGAGGAGGCGCAGGCCUACGCCGACGAGAACGGGCUGCUCUUCAUGGAGACCAGCGCCAAGACCGCCAUGAACGUCAAUGAUAUAUUCCUAGCUAUCGCGAACAAGUUACCAAAGAGUGAGAGCGCGGCCGGCGGCGCGGCGGGCGGUGCGCGUCGCCUCAACGACGCCGACGCGCCGCGCUCCUCCUCCUGCUGCAAGUGAUACCCGCAGGCGACGCAGGCCCAGGCGUUAGGCCUCUCGUCAGUACCUAGGUGUCUACAACUCAUCCUCGAAAUGCGACUGAUCGAGCGCGGGGUCGCUGCCCACGAACACGCGGUGGUGCCUCAGCACCUCGCGGUACGACAGCUUACCGUCACCGUCGUCAUCGGCCGAGGCCACCAGGUGGGCCGCUUCCUCGUCCGCUAUCUCCCUGGUGGGCAACCGUACGAUAGAGUUAGCGCUGGGACUUGAAUUUUAGAAGAGACUUACGUUUUUGGUGGAUUAUGAAAUUGUACAUGUAUUUGGUCAAAUAAAGAAUUUAUUAUUAUUA